CCCUCUCUCCGAUUCAAAUCCGCCCCAAAUUUGGUACUAGUGCGGCCGCACGCCGCUUUCCCUCGUACCCCUCCGUCCAAAACACCAAAUUAUUCCCUCCGCCGCCUCCCUCCGAAAUCCCGUACUUACAUCGAAUUCAAGCCAAUACCAAACGAAAUCCCCAAAUCCCACCUCUUGAAUUUACCAGAGGGAUUUCCUAAAUCGCCCGGACUGACGCCGAUGGCGGAUGGGGAGGAGGUGCCGCCGACGGCGGCGGCGGCGGCGGCGGCGGCGGACAGCGAGGAGCUUGAGCCGCUCUUCGACUACUCCCGCGUGCGGCCCACCUUCGACUUCCGCUUCGACGACUCCGACCUUGAGAAGUCCGACAUCUUCGUCCACUGCAACAAGCGCCCCAAGUUGGCCGAUGCCGAUGCCGACGACGCCGCCGCUUUCGGUGAUAAGGCUAGCGAAAAGGGUGACGCCGGCGUGAAGAAGGCUGCGGUGGUGAAUUUGGACGAUGAUGAUUGGUUGGCUCCACCGCCCUUGAAGCCUGUGGCCAUGGCUGGCAUAUGUAAGGAUAAAACACCGCAUGAGCCAAGAUUAGAGAAUCAAGAGGUCGCAAAACUUGCUGAAGAUACAUUUCAGAAGGUUGUUGAAACUGUUAAGAAAGACCUUGCGGCCAAGAAAGCACCUGAAAGUAUAGUUCUUGAUGAGCCGACCGAACCACAAUUGAAGAAGACGAAAGAAAAGAUCCUCAUAAUGAUUCAGGACAAAGAUGUGCAGCAGCCUUUCCGUGUAUGUAAGGAUGAGAAAUUCGACAAGCUUUUCAAGGCAUAUGCUAAGAAGAACAAUCUUGAUUCCUCAAAUCUGACUUUUGUAUUCGAUGGUGUCAAAAUGAACCCGGCAAGUACGCCCCAGGACCUUGACCUGGAGGAUGAAGACCUGAUUGAGGUGCGCUAUAAGCCAGCUGAACCUGUAAUACACAAGCCAACUGAACCUCACGUGAAGAAAGCGCGAGAAAUUAUACCCAUAACGAUUCAGGGCAAAGCUGGGAAGCACCAGUUCCGUGUAUACAAGGAUGACAAGUUUGACAAGCUUUUCAAUGCAUAUGCUAAGAAGGUCCAACUCAGCCCAUCCGAUCUGACUUUCACAUUUGAUGGUGACAAACUAAACUCGGCUAGUACACCCCAGGACCAUGACCUGGAGGAUGAUGACUUGAUUGAGGUGUGCUGUAAGUCAAGCUGAUGGCUAGGAGCUUGGCGUUCUUUCAUUUUGCGCAUCCCUGAGUGGGACGUUGUUGGGAGGUUGGCCUUUCUUUGCUUUGCGCUCAGAAGCUCAUAAGGUCAGCUCCAUUUUUGUUAGUGUCAGCCCCGUAAGUACACGGCUCUUCUGUCCAGCCUCUCUCGGAUAGUUCUUCUCAUUUCCUUUUCUGCUCUGCGCUUUUGCUUCAUGAGAUGGUUAGAAUUGUACCGUGAAGUAUUUGAGUUGUGUAUUAUAGUGUACAGGCGUGCAGCCCACUUUGCUUGCCUCGUUACCGCGGUGUGUCUGCUGCUCAAGUGCUAAUCGCAUGACUACCUGUAUAUAUGGAUAAUCGUGAUUUCUAAAAUUUCACAGAAUAGUUGGCCAGCA